AAAUGGGCUCCUAUUAGAAAAAUAACAACACUCGUGGUCACUCUCUGUUCUGUUGUAAAAAUCAUGUCUCGAAAGCAUAUGCCCUUAGCAUCUCUCAUUGAUGGAUCAAUUAAAGCAGCCAGGAUGGGUCAGAUCUAUGUCAGCAAGCUCCACUGGUCCAUAUCCAGAGGUGUUCUGUAUUCGUACUUUGAGAGGUUUGGGAGAGUGGAGUCAGUGUACAUCCCUUAUGAUCUUCGCACUGGACUGUCGAGAGGGUAUGGAUUUGUGUACAUGCAGGACAAAGAUAAUGUGAUGGCUGCCUUGGAGAACAGGAAUCAGUUCAUUGGGCAGUUCAAUGUCUUGGUUGGUCCAAGAACAAAAAAGCCAGUCAAAGGAAAUGUGGCAACUCCAGAAGAGGGUGUCCCAGAAUCUGAAGUAACAAACACUUCAACAGUAAACUUUGCGAGUACAGCACUGGAUAGCAUUGAAUCAUCUGUGGAUCCACCUCAAGAAAAUGUUACGCCCAACCUUCUCCAACAAGACUCUGUAGCUACUACCAAUUCUGAAGAGAGCUUCUCCAUCGAUCAACCAGACUCUGAAGUUGAUCCACCUCAAGAGAGUGUUACGUCCGACCUUCUCCAACAAGACUCUGUAGCUAGUACUACCGAUUCUGAGGAAAAUGUAAUGCCCAACGUUCAACAAGACUCUUUAGAUACGUGUACUACUGAUUCUGAAGUUGAUUCACCUCCGGAAAAUGUUAUGCCCGACCUACAACAAGACUCUGUGGCUACCGAUUCUGAGGAUGAUAUCUCCGCCAAGGAGGAACCAAGGGCUAAUUGACAACUACUAUAAGAGCUAUAAUUUAUAGUAAAUGGUUAUAAUUCACAUUUUGUACAAUGCAAGUGUUGAAUAAUUGUGAUUUCACGUAUAAA